CUCGAGCAGGCUAGCUAGCUCAGCUCCCUGCACGGCCACCGACCAUCAAGUACUGCAAGCGCAGCCACCCGGCCCGGCUGGCGUGAUACACGAGUACGAGUACGAUCCCGCAUCGUGCACCCGGGUACUGGAGCUGAAGUACAUAGAUCUACGUUGAUAUCAAAAGGGAGCUUUUAUGAUGAUACAAGAUAAGCCCUGACCUGAUAGCCAUCAUGUCGUCAUCAAGGAAAAAACACAUUCUGCCGGAGAUGAAAAAGAUUCUCGAGCAGAGAAAAGCUGAACUUGAAUUCAAUGAACGAGAAAUAAUACAGCAUGUGAGAUAUAUUUCUGAAGAGACAAUGGGGCAGUUGAAGGAACUGCUGAAGGAGACGGACAAGAAGAAGUUCCUCAAGGCUUUUCCUACUGUCAGUAUCAAGAUGGAUAAAAGUCUAACGGCUCUCAUGAUGAUCAAAGCAUCUCUGCCCAACUUUGAAUCAGAUGAGAGUUCUACCGAUUGCGCAUCUGAUGAAGAGACACCUGAGGCCUGUGAUACACCCACUGUGGAAGACAGGACUGAUGAUUCUACCACAGAGAUUGAGCAGUCUCCGGCUUUGGCUCCAGCUCCCCUUGUCACUCCAGGCACAGAGAAUGAAGCCUGUGAGUCGAGCACUAAUAACCAGACCAAUAGCAUUGAUACAACAGAGACACAUGGAAGCUCCUCUAUGCUGCCGUCUUCCAGCUCCCAGCCGUCUGUUUCACCGAACCACAAGUCUAACUCGUCAUCAGUGAGUAGUGAAUCUGUGGAUAAGAGUAAAUACAUAUCUCCACCUUCGGCUUCAUCGGGUGAUCCAGCAAGCUUGCCGGGCAUAGCAACAAAGCCACUUGAAGCUACACAGGAGAAGACGGUGCCAUCGGGACUGCUGCCAUCCGUUCCUAAAGAGAUAGUUCCUGUAGAUCUCCCGGUUGGUAUGAGGGUUGAGGUGGUGGUUAGUGAAGUGGUGUCGCCCUCUAUCUUCUGGAUUCAACCAACACAAUCUAGGAUUGAAGCUCUGAUGGAAGAGAUCAGGAAAUAUUACAGUAGUGUCGUGAAGCUGCCUCCCCUUCAACCUAAGGUUGGGAUGUACUGCUGUGCUUGCUUCACAAACGACGACUGCUGGUAUCGAGCACGUAUCAUAGCCAUACACCUAAGUCCUACUUCAGUCUUGGAAGGAGUUGGUGUACAUGUAGAUGUGAUUUACAUUGAUUACGGUAACAGGGAGCGCAUCCCAGACUCCCGUCUCCGUCCGCUUCAUCCUCGCUUCAUGAGUGACUCCGCUCAGGCAGUGUGCUGCAAGCUAGCUAGAGUCAAGCCAACAGGGAAGGGGGUUAGCCACUGGACUACCGAUGAAACAGAAUUCUUCACCCAAAUGACGUUUGGACGUAAACUGACUGCCAUAGUGGUUCGUCAGCCAGGCAGUAGUACCAGCAGCUUUGAUCUACCGGCAGUGGACUUACUGUUUGAUCACUACAUCAACGAGAAGGAAACUGGACUAGUGGAUGUUAGCAAGUUGAUGGUUAGUAAGAAGCGUGCCUUACCAGACGAUCAAUGUUCCACCACAGAUUCUUACUACUCCCAGACUACACACACCACAGACAGUGAUGUCUGCCAAUCACCAAACGUUGCUGCUGCCACAGAUGUCUCUCAGUCUGUAACACUUACUCCAUCACAAGAACAAGGCAAGGAUCAGGGACAUGAAGCAGGACAGCAAGACAGAAAAGAAAGCGGAUCUUCUAGUGGUAAAAAGAAGAAGAAAAAGAAGACCAAGAGAUCCAAGAGACACCAUGAUCCUCAGCUAUCGACAGAAGACACUGAUGUUCCGUAUGAAGAGGGCAGAGAUGCUAGACAACUUGCCAAGGAGGAGCUGAGGAAGGAGAGUAGUACCUCCGAUACACCUGUCUACGAGAGUGAGUACACCACGGAGAAGAGGGUUCCAGGUCUUUGCAGGACACCCGAGACCAGCUGUACUGAUUCACCUGCAGGAAAGGCAUCCUUGGUUGUCAUGACAAAAGGACAGACAACUCCCCUUGGACAUCAUGAUGAUGUGAUGGAUGGAGGGACACAGGAGAUUGAGAAGGAUAGUCACGAUCAGCAGGUUAGCUGUGGGUCGGAGAGUGCAAGGAGCAAUAGCCCUAAUUCUACCAGCGGUGUGUCUUCGGCUAGGAGUUUAACAUUUGUGCCUCAGAAGAACCUCAGCGACACCUCUAGACCUGGUCUCAUCACUCUCAAUAAGCCGCAAGGAGAGUCCAAUAUCCCCAGCUCUAAGCAAAUGAACAUUAAAAAAGGAAAUGACAAACCCUUAGUUGUUGAAACGGCCAAAGCUCACAGCAAUAAGACAGCAAUGCACAUCGCUUCUUCUGCUGAAAAUGACCAUCUCACAGACUUAACGGAUCAGUUCUUUACAUGCGCUGAAGAUGCGAGUGAGGCAGACAGCACGGAUCGAGAAGUCGCCAAACCAAAGACUGACGGUCAACCGCAAUCGUCCCCUGCCAUCUCCAAGGUGGAUGUUAUCGGUCAGAAGUAUGUACCGCAGAGGACUCUGCGAGAUGGAGAGCAGAUCCUGUUUGCCAUGUCUCACGUUGUUUCUCCACUAGAUUUCUACAUCCAUCUCAUCACACCAGAGGCCCAAAAGAUGGACUACCUGCUCGAUGAACUCAACUCAGUCUACUCAGACAUAGAGAGGGCGGGCGUUUACAGACCACCUAUCUCAUGGCUGUCAAUCAGAGCCGUCUGUUGUGGCAAGUUUGGCGAGGACAACAGGUGGUACAGAGGUGUGGUGCAGGACAUCAAGGGUGUGAGGGGAGUGGACGAUGGAAGACAUGUCCUGGUCAAGUAUGUAGACUUUGGUAAUGAGGAAUGGAUUCCAGAAAGCAUGUUAUAUCCUCUAGAGAAUUACUUCUGUAGCCUUGCUCCUCUAGCUUUCAAGUGUGGACUGGCAAGGAUUCAGCCUCCAAUGACUGAUGGAACGAAACAGACCAGCAAAGACAACAAAGGUACAUCAGCCGAGUGGUCAGAGGAGUGCAAACUCUCCCUGGUUGGAAUGAGUGAGUUUGAGAAGCUGCUUACCGGACAGGUGAUUCGUGUGGGAGGAAAACAGAAGGAAUGUACAUGGCUUGAAGUGAAAGACAACACAGAGGCAGAAGGGGUGUGUCUAAACCAAAGACUUGUUGAUCAAGGAUUGGCUUCUUCAUCUUACUACAAGAAGCAACCUGUUCAUGAACAGGAUGCUAUCCAGCAUGAAGCAUCCCCAUCAGACUGCCCUGACCCUAAGGAUGAGCCUGAAGGUGGACAAACGCCAGGGACUAUGGACACCACCGAGGGUCCAUCCAAGGAAGAGGAAGUGAUCAUCGAUCAUUGGAAUCCCAUGGUGCAACACUUCAGCUCGGAGACGAACAGCUAUGGAGUAGACAUGGAUGAUCCAGUAGUAGCUACCACUGGAAUGAAAUCUACCAUUGAAGGGAGAGUGUGCAAAUAUUAUGCAGCGGGUAGACGGUGCUAUAAAGGAGUGACCUGUCCCUUUGAGCACCCAAGGCGUGGUGAAGAGCUUCGGGAGCAGACCGAAGUGUUCUGGUGCAAUACAUCCGUCAGCUUACCCAAGGCAGGUCACUGGGUAGCCUUAGAGGUCACUGCUGUACAUACAUCAAUCCAUUUCUGGGUCCAGCUCCCGUUUGGUCCUAAACCUAUAGACCAGGCCCAGAGGGAAUGGACCGGUUUGAACCAGGUACCUGAAGAGAGGAAGGAUGAUGGAGAAACACUUACAGCUCUUCAAGAUUCUAUCAAUGCUAUCUACCAGAAGUCAUACACACGUCGUGAGGACCUCUCUCUACUGGCGUUAGGAGAGAUAGUAUGUGCUCAGUUCAGUAAGGAUGAGAGCUGGUACAGAGCAAGGGUUGUUGAUGUGGAUGCAGAGGCCAAUACAGUACAGGUAUUCUACGUGGACUAUGGUAACUGUGAAUGGUUGGUCAGAUCUAAAGUACGUCCUGCCAUGCCUCAGUUUCUUCACCUCCCGUUCCAAGCUGUAGAAUGCUUCUUGGGAGGAAUAGAACUCAUCAAACCGACUUCACUCAAGAAUCAAGAUCUUGACAGAAAAUUAUUUGAAGAGUUGACAAUGGACAAGAUUCUUGUUGGACAUGUGGUUUCAAGUGAUGGAGAUAUCCUCCAUGUGGAACUCUACGACACGAUCAGCACCAAACACGUCAACAUCGGAGAUGCUCUUGUGAAUGCUGGCUUUGCAAGGCACACCAAGGCUCCCCAGACAGCAGAGAGACGCACUCCUAGGCAAGACACGACGGGAUAGUAAACCAAUGCCCUGCUGUUUUACUUCCAACAUUCAUCCAUUUGGCUAUCAACUUGGUCUUUCUGUGUUGAGGAAUGGAAAGUCAUCUUUACUCCUUUUUAUGUUCCCCAAAUCAGUGUGGAAUCAACUCUGUGUUCACAUUACAUGGUCCAUAUCCUGUGUCCGGAUUUACAGGUUUGCAGGGUAGGCCAGUGCAAUUUCUUAUUAUUUUUUAUAUUUUUUUUAUUUAAACAAAAACUAAUGCAUUCUUCAAUUUUUUCUGUAAGUUAACCUGAUGUCCAUGCUGGUUGGACAAUAAUUGAACAUAUUUGCUAAUAGAAAAAAUUACAUCACACAAAUGACAUCUAGUUUUUAACAUAUCCGUCUGUUUUGAGGCAGGGCUUUUACUCGUAUCAUUUCACACAGAGGUGGUGCCCCUUUGGAUCCAGACAGACUAUAGGUUAAAAAAACAAUUUUUUUUAUUAGAAAUAAUCUGCAAGAAAGAUCGUGAAAAGGCUGAAUUGACCAUAGCUUCCUGUAAGUCAACUGAAGAUUACUGGGGUCAAGUAUCAUAUUACCGAUGAUAGAAUAGUUCUGUACGUAGAC